UUAAUAGAUCAAACGAUUUGUACUCUUGUGUGAACAUUGACGUACGACUUGUCGUAGAAAACUUGCACUUGACAUCUCAUGGUUAUGAACCGGACUAAUUUUUUUAAUAAUGUUUUGCUUUAGUAUUCCGAAGCCGUUUUUGCGUGUCUAAUGGGAUGCAUCAACAGUACAAAAAAAUUAGGCGAUUUAAAAAGCGAAAACGUUUUUCGUGCUGUGAGACUUCACUCCGAAGUGGCAGAUCAAGGACGCACAGGAUAUCUGGAAUUAACACCAAGGGAGCUUAUUUUUCGUACGGGGUCUAAUCAACGUGUUGUAUGGGCUUUGCAACAUCUACGCAGAUAUGGGCUUAAUGGCGAUGUAUUCUCAUUUGAAGCUGGGCGUCGUUGUAUCACAGGCCCUGGCAUUUAUACUUUUCGUUGUCAACGAGCGGAGCAAUUGUAUCAUAUAUUUCAAACUUAUAUAAAUGCAGUUUCCCUUGUGACAGACGAUGCAUUUACAUUUAGCGAACGGGAGCGUGACCAUCCAUCACAUACAGUGGGUAGACCAGAAACUGUUCAAAAUGCAAAUAACUAUUUGGAACCUGCACCGGUAGUAAGUUCAGGGGCUGCAGUCUCGAUUUUACAGCGUUCUCGAGUGCUUCGGGAUUCAUUCAGUAGUAGUCCGCUAAGUUUGGACUCGCCAGAUUCAGUUCCAAGUUUAUCAUUUGCCACAAGCGAAGUAGUGCAUAUUCAAAGUCCACGUUUUCCUUCUGGUCUCGGUAUGUAUGUGAAUACCCCGAAUACAUCUAUGCCAGUUCCCAAUAGCAAUGUGUACUCGGAAUAUCCUCUGCGGUCGCACGUAGAACACAACAAUAAUUUAUCAAACGCUUCCAAUGGUGUAUUUAAUACUUUAGUUCGAAAAAAUUUGGUGAAGCACUCUUCUCUAGAUAUUCCACCAGAUGAAUUUGCGCCUAUGCUUACACCACCAUCGGAUGCAUUACACAUGUAUGCAAACGUUGAUAGCUGUUCACUUGCUGCCAAUAAUUUUGGUUUUGGUGGCAUAGCAGGAAUGCGUAAUCUGAUACGAGAUCAAGAACGCUGUUAUGAAAAUCUAAAUAGUGAAGAGAUGAAGUUAAUUCUACCAAAGCAAAAUUUGUCGUCUUCUACGCCCGGAAGGAGUCAUAGCGGAAUAGAUAUUCCCUGUGACCCUCAAUUAAAGCAAACGAAAUCAGCAGGAACAAAUGCAGUCAAUUAUAUUGUUCUUGAUUUAGACCAACCUCGAAGUCCCACACAAUGUUCCCCCAAACUACAAGUAGGAAGUGGUCUUUCUUUAACUGCCGUUGAUGGCGCUGAUGGAAGUAUGAAAUUGGCUUCAAAAACAGAAUCACUUACUGAUUCAACACAUACUAGUGUAACUUCAACGACUAAUCCAAUGGCUAUUACGACAGCAACGAUUACAAACGUGACAAAUACAACGAAACAAAAUAGUGGUAGUGUUGAGCAAUUGGAAAAGAAGGAAGAAUCUACGCUUGGUUACUCGACUAUAGAUUUUAUAAAGACUUGUGCACUUAUUAAAUCAUCAACUCACGGUGCAGAUUUUGAUGCGGAACCAGGCAAUGAAGAAAGCAGAAUAACCCGACAUAGUAAAUGUGUGCGAAAAGCUUACUCUAUUAGUGAAUAGAAAAAUU